AUGAUUAUAAGUGCCAAUGGGAAACCCUUCUCGGAGUACAAGCACCGUUUACCAUUCUCACAUGUGAACAGCAUCUGUGUAGGUGGACUGGUGGAAGUGAACUUAAUUGCCUUCCAAGAUCUUGCGACUCAUCAUGCUGCAACUCCGGGAUCUUUUAGGGUCCCAUACAAAAGCAUCAUCCAUGGCGGACUACAGCCUGGCAAAGCCAUCAUCAUUCAAGGAGUCAUCAGUCAUUCUGCAAAUAGAAUAGAGCUUAAUUUGCGUCACAAAACUGGAGUGGCAUUUUACUACAGUCCUCGUUUUGAUACGAAUGUGGUUGUGUGCAAGAGCUAUGAGAACGGGAAAAAGGUCAAGGAUAAACGAUCCAAAGACAUGCCAUUCGAGUUAGGGAAACCUUUUCUGGUCACCAUUUACUGCACACAUCAGCGCUAUGAAGUGUUUGUCAGCGGCAAAGAAGUUCACACGUACAAGCAUCAUUACACUAAACUGGAAGAUAUUGAUGUUUUGGAAAUUAGUGGAGAUGUGCAGCUGAGUUUUGUGCAGCCCUAGAGAGUAUUUUAUCCAGUUCUACAUCAUAAGAAAUGCAUGUUCAAAGAUGAAUAUAUUAAUAUAUCAACUUGCAAAAGAUUGAUUAAUCUAUGCAUGCAUAGGCAAAGACAUGUGACUUGACAUUAGCCACAGCCUCCCCACCUCAAAUCUGUCUGUGCAGCCUACACCUAAACAAUAUAACACACAAUUACUCAAUGAACAUUAAAUAAAGCAAG